GCAACCAGCGCUGGCUUUUAUAUUCUCUGCAACCGGCGCGCUUGUCUUCAGUUGUUACUUUUGCAUUUAAGCGCAUAGUCAAUAGUCACGGGAAAUAAAAUCUGCGAAAAUCAUUGUCGGCAACUAACUUUUCGUUAUACCGUGUAUUUGAGUUAUCGCGAAGUCUCCGUUAAGAAGUGACAUUUAUAAAAUAAAAAAUAAUCCUAGCAAAAAUGCGUGCUAUAUUCCUUACAGUCAGCAUCCUCUGCCUUUUGGUAUUGAAUGUCUCAAGUGAAAACAAAGAACAGAGUAAUGCAGAAAUCUGGCAACAAGACUUAUCGGAUACCUUCAAAAUAGAAGGGUCAGAUCAGGGUAUACAAAAGGUCAAUCUCAAGUGCGGUUCUAAUUCUAUGAACGUUAUGCUGGAGACGGAGAAACCUUUCUCCGGCGUGAUGUAUACACGCGGCAGUUUUUAUAAACAAAGUGAACCUUGCUUUGUUAAGCCAAGUACACAAACUUCACGUACUUUGGAGAUGAAUUUCCAAUUGGACCAAUGUCAAACGCUGAAGGAUGGCGAACUCUAUUCCAAUAUUGUUGUCAUACAAAAUGAUCCCGAGCUGAUUACACCUGGUGAUUCGGCAUUCUCGUUGGAAUGUGAUUUCCGUCAGCCGCGAAAUUUGGAUGUGGAAGCAAAUAUGCAAACUCGUGACAGAGUUGCACGCGGUUCCAAAAUCACACUUACAAGUCCCGACCCUUCAACAGCAGCGUCCGACUUGAACAUUUCAUAUCAAAGUGACACAGACAGCGUGGAAUAUGUGCCAAGACAACAAAAUGCAACCGAUAACCAAGGAGACGUUAUACAUGAAGCUGAGACGGUGCGCUUGGGUACGGUGGAGGAAGUAACAUACACACUUGAGAAGGACGAGCUUUAAUAGAAUUAGUGGUUUAGUAUUUCCAUGCAAUCUGACAACAUAAAUCACUAAACAUUCACAACAAAACAUGUCCCCAAAAGAAUUAUAUUUUAUACACAAUACACUUCUUGUUCCAAGCACCAGUCCAAAUGGACGUAACGAAACGGGGGUGAAAUCGUGAAAUUCCAUUCUGCAGCAUACGACACUUUUGGACAACGCAAUUCCAAUUCAUUCAGUUUCCAUAUACAUUUUAAGUUAAUUUUAAAGUAUAUAUGUUCAAGGUAAA